GGGGACGCGCGCGCGGUUUAUUCCCCCCAUCUCUCCUUUUCUGAAAGAGAAAAAACUGAAAUAAUGUGUGUGAGCUGCGGGAAGCGGUGGUGGUGGAACCGGGGUGGUCGCAGGCUGCUGUGAAUGUAAAAAUCUGGGAUAUAUAGCUAUAAACUCCCUGGAGCUGAGAGAAUGAGUGAAGUGCGGCUGCUGAUGCUGCUGUUGCUGUGAGUGAGGAGACCGAGGCUGAGCGCAGAGAGACGGGCUCUUCAGCAGCUCCUCGCUCGGAGUUCUGACUGUAGCUGAAGCUUCUUACACCAACCGCCGUUCACCAUGGAGCUAUUUUGGAUGUUAAAGUUUGAACAAACUGCUUCUGCGAACUGAAGAGAAGGAGAAAAGAGAGGCAGAGAGCGGGAGAAGGAGCCGCGGACGCCAUGCAGUGAUCAGCAGAGUUCAGGCGUGUGAGUAAAUACAACACAACGAUCAGGAUGAAAAGAUGGCGACCAUGCUGCUACCAGCGGGUCCAGACGCCUUGCGGCGGUUCACUCGCGAGUCCUUGGUGGCAAUCGAGCAAAGGAUUGCUGAUGAGCAGGCCAAGAACGCCAAGGAUACCCCGCCAAAUAAGGGGACUACGGAGGAGCCAAAACUGGACCUGGAGGCCGGCAAGGUGCUUCCUCGCAUCUUUGGUGACAUCCCCACAGGACUGGUUGGAGUCCCGCUGGAGGACAUUGACCCAUUUUACUUCAAGAAUAAAAAGACCUUUAUAGUGCUAAACAAGGGGAAGGCUAUCUUCCGCUUCAGUGCCACAUCAGCUGUGUACAUAUUUACCCCAUUUCACCUUAUCAGAAGAAUCUCCAUACGAAUAUUAGUACAUUCAUUAUUUAGCUUUUUCAUCAUGUGCACAAUUUUGACCAACUGUUGCUUUAUGGCAAUGUCUGAUCCAGCGCAUUGGACGAAGUACCUGGAAUACACAUUUACGGGCAUUUAUACAUUUGAGUCGCUCAUUAAGAUCUUGGCAAGAGGAUUCUGUCUUGAACCCUUCACUUUCCUCAGAGACCCAUGGAACUGGCUAGACUUCAGUGUCAUUGUAAUGGCAUAUGUCACAGAGUUUGUGGACCUUGGCAACGUCUCAGCCUUGCGAACAUUUCGAGUCCUACGAGCCUUGAAAACAAUAUCUGUCAUCCCAGGGUUGAAGACCAUUGUGGGCGCUUUGAUCCAGUCAGUGAGGAAGCUAGCUGAUGUGAUGAUCCUGACCGUUUUCUGCCUCAGCGUCUUUGCUCUGAUUGGCCUUCAGCUCUUCAUGGGUGUCCUGAGGCAAAAGUGCGUCCGCAGUGCCGCGCACUGUGUGAACUCCACCUUCCCAGCAAAUACAAGCUUUGUCUGCAACAACAAAACCUGGCAAUCCAUGAAGGAGUUUGUUACAAGCGAAGAAAACUACUACAAAAUUGAAGGAGCCAAGGAUGGAUUAAUAUGUGGAUUCAGCAGUGAUGCUGGAAAGUGUCCUGAUGGGUUCGACUGUUUGAAGACUGGGAGAAAUCCGAACUAUGGCUACACAAGUUUCGACAGUUUCGGCUGGGCCUUCCUGGCUCUUUUCAGACUAAUGACGCAAGACUACUGGGAAAACCUCUACCACCAGACCCUGCGCUCGGCAGGUAAGACAUACAUGAUCUUCUUUGUGUUGGUUAUCUUCCUGGGCUCCUUCUACUUGGUGAACCUGAUUCUGGCUGUGGUGGCCAUGGCCUAUGAAGAGCAAAAUCAGGCAACAAUUGCAGAGGCCUGGCAGAAAGAGCGAGAGUUCCAGCUGGCCAUGGAACAACUUCGCAGAGAUCAGAGGGCAUUAGCAAAAAGAAACAAGGAGGCUGAGCUGGCUCGAGCACAAGAGUUGCUUCCAUCUCCAAUCAAACGUAGAGACUCUAGAGAUCGCCGGGCCAGAUCCAGAUCCCACAGAACAAUGUCGGAGGAGACAGAGGAAGAUACAGACCUCAGAUCUCCCAAAUUUGACCCUUUUGAAGAGAAGCCUGCCCACCCUCUUCUGGCUACACUUUCCUCCCAUCCUUUGAGCUCGCGGCGUGGAAGCAACAUCAGCAUCUUCACCUUCCGUCCACGGAACAACUCUGAGGCUGACUUUGCAGACGAUGAGACCAGCGUGAUCGGUGAUUGCCGGAGCAGGGCAGGGUCCACAGUCACUCCAUGGCACAAGCGCCGGACUGGAAGUGUACGCAGCCACUGCUCACAGGUCUUCACGCCCACCCUUACUGUUAAUGGACGACUUAAUCUCUCGCUAGAGCAGAAUGGAAUAACUGGCAUCACCCUCCACACACCCACCUCUUUCCCUGGCUGCAGCAUGGAAAAGGUCAAAGAGGACACGGAGCUUGUUUGUGCCACUGAGGCACCCAAACCCGUACCGGAAGUGCAGGUGGAGGCACCACCUCCUCGCAGGAAGAGAGGACUGAGCUCUAUUAGCUUCUUCAGUGAUGCCAUGGAUGAACUGGAAGAGUCCCGUCAGAAGUGUCCUCCUUGCUGGUAUGAGUUUGCUAAGAAGUACCUUAUAUGGACGUGCGCUCCUGUCUGGAUGAAGUUUAAGGAUGGGGUGAAGAUCAUGGUGAUGGAUCCCUUCCUGGACCUGGCCAUUACCAUCUGCAUUGUGCUCAACACACUCUUCAUGGCUCUGGAACACUACCCCAUGACUGAGGAGUUCAACGGCAUGCUCAGUGUGGGAAACCUGGUGUUCACUGGAAUUUUUACAGCUGAGAUGGUACUGAAGCUGGUUGCCAUGGACCCAUACUUUUACUUCCAGCAGGGCUGGAAUAUCUUUGAUGGAAUUAUUGUUUGCUUGAGCCUGAUGGAACUUGGCCUGUCUAAUGUGGAGGGACUAUCUGUGCUCCGCUCUUUCAGACUGCUCAGAGUCUUCAAGCUGGCCAAGUCCUGGCCUACACUCAACACCCUGAUCAAGAUCAUUGGCAACUCUGUCGGCGCCUUGGGGAACCUGACUCUUGUCUUGGCUAUCAUCGUGUUCAUCUUCGCUGUGGUGGGCAUGCAGCUGUUUGGGAAGAACUACCAGGACUGUGUGUGUAAGAUCAGCAUAGACUGUUCGCUGCCACGAUGGCACAUGAAGGACUUUUUCCACUCCUUCCUGAUUGUGUUCCGGGUGUUGUGCGGCGAGUGGAUUGAAACCAUGUGGGACUGCAUGGAGGUGGCCGGCCAGCCCCUCUGCAUCCUGGUCUUCAUGCUGGUCAUGGUCAUUGGCAACUUGGUGGUGCUGAAUCUGUUCCUUGCUCUGCUGCUGAGCUCCUUCAGUUCUGACAACCUGUCAGCUCCGGAUGAUGAUGGCGAAAUGAACAACCUGCAGAUUGCCAUUGCACGGAUCCAUUCCGGCCUCACGUGGCUGCUGGCCUUCAUCAAAGACCUCUGUAGUGGCAACUUGACCAAGCGCAACCAGAAGAACAAGGAGGGCCAAGGAGCUAAAAAGUGUCAAAACAGCAACCAUGCUGAAUGUAAUGGGGUUGUUGGGAGAAUUGGGCGCUAUGGAGAGAAGUACAUAAUUACGGAAGAGGAGGACAGCUACAUGACCAAUCCUAACUUGACCAUAUGUGUUCCCAUUGCACCUGGAGAGUCUGAUGUGGAGUUCCUGGAGGAGGAAGAGGAAGAGGACACUGAGACGUCAGAGGAUGAGGAUAACAAACCGGAAGUGGUCAGUCUGUCAGAAGGAAGUACCGUGGAUCUGAGAAAGCCUGGGGAAGAAGAUGAGAUGUCUGAGCUAAUUGAAGACACCAUGGAGCCAGAAGAGUGUUUCCCUGAGUUCUGUGUGCGUCGCUGUGAGUGCUGUAAAAUUAAUACCACACAGGGCCUUGGCCAGGCCUGGUGGAGGCUGAGGAAGACCUGCUACCAAAUAGUUGAACACAGCUGGUUUGAGACCUUCAUUAUCUUCAUGAUUCUCCUCAGCAGUGGAGCUCUGGCAUUUGAAGACAUUUAUAUUGAACAGAGGAAAGUCGUGAAAGUGGUACUGGAAUAUGCAGACAAGGUCUUCACCUAUAUAUUUGUGCUGGAGAUGUUUCUCAAAUGGAUUGCGUAUGGCUUUAAGAAAUACUUCACCAACUACUGGUGCUGGUUGGACUUCCUGAUCGUGGAUAUCUCCACACACACCUCUAAUGAUAGGGUGUCAUUAAUCAGUUUGGUGGCCAACUCACUGGGUUAUUCCGAUUUCGGAGCUAUUAAAUCCCUGAGGACCCUAAGAGCACUCAGACCUCUGAGAGCCUUGUCCAGAUUCGAAGGGAUGCGAGUGGUGGUGAAUGCACUGAUUGGAGCCAUCCCUUCCAUCAUGAACGUCCUUCUGGUGUGUCUGAUAUUCUGGCUUAUCUUCAGCAUCAUGGGCGUCAACCUUUUUGCCGGGAAAUUUGGGAAGUGCGUCAACAGGACAGGCUACAUUCACAAUGCCUCAAUUGUAAACAAUAAGUCGGACUGCCAGUCCAUGAAUGACACUCAGUUCUACUGGACCAAAGUGAAGGUCAACUUCGACAACGUGGGGUUAGGUUACCUCUCACUUCUGCAAGUCGCAACUUUUAAAGGCUGGAUGGAAAUAAUGUAUGCAGCUGUGGAUUCCCGUGGGGUGGAAGAACAACCAAUUAAGGAGAUCAAUCUCUACAUGUACCUGUAUUUUGUCAUCUUCAUCAUUUUUGGAUCAUUCUUCACCCUCAAUCUGUUCAUUGGUGUUAUUAUUGACAACUUCAAUCAGCAGAAGAGAAAGAUAGGUGGACAGGACAUCUUCAUGACUGAGGAGCAGAAAAAAUACUACAAUGCCAUGAAAAAACUGGGGACAAAAAAGCCACAAAAGCCCAUACCAAGGCCAGCGAACAUUCUGCAAGCCUUCAUCUUCGACUUGGUGUCCAAACAAGCUUUUGACAUCUCAAUAAUGAUGCUCAUCAUCCUAAACAUGAUUACCAUGAUGAUCGAGACGGACGAGCAGUCGGAUCGCAUGGAGUCCAUCCUCAAUAAAGUCAACCUGGCCUUCAUCAUCAUCUUCACCACCGAAUGCCUCGUCAAGAUCUUUGCCCUUCGAUGCUACUUCUUUACCAUUAGCUGGAAUGUCUUUGACUUUGUUGUGGUUAUCCUUUCCAUUAUUGGAAUUGUCCUGGCGGAUAUAAUAGAGAAAUACUUUGUGUCCCCAACGUUGUUUAGAGUGAUCAGACUGGCCAGAAUAGGCCGAGUUCUCAGGCUCAUACGAGGAGCCAAAGGAAUAAGGACGUUACUCUUUGCCUUAAUGAUGUCGCUCCCAGCUCUGUUCAACAUCGGCCUACUACUGUUUCUUGUCAUGUUCAUUUAUGCCAUUUUCGGCAUGGCCAACUUCGCCUACGUCAAGAAGCAGGGAGGGAUUGAUGACAUGUUUAACUUUGAGACUUUUGGGAACAGCAUGAUAUGCCUGUUCCAGAUCACCACAUCAGCUGGGUGGGACAACUUGUUGGAUCCUAUUCUGAACAACUCGCCAGAGGAAUGCAACCCGAACAUUGUUAACACGGGAACAAACACCAAGGGAAACUGUGGAAAUCCCUCAGUGGGGAUAACUUUCUUUGUUAGCUACAUCAUUAUCUCUUUCCUUAUUGUUGUAAAUAUGUACAUUGCCAUCAUCCUGGAGAACUUCAGCGUUGCUACAGAGGAGAGCACAGAACCUCUCAGCGAGGAUGACUUUGAGAUGUUCUAUGAGGUGUGGGAGAAGUUUGAUGUAGAGGCCACACACUUCAUUGAGUAUUCCAUGCUGUCCAACUUCGCAGAUGCUCUGUCUGAGCCCUUGCGGAUUGCAAAGCCCAACAAGAUUAAGCUGAUUUCUAUGGACCUUCCAAUGGUGAGUGGAGACAAAAUCCACUGCCUGGACAUCCUGUUUGCCUUCACCAAACGCGUCCUGGGCGAGUCGGGUGAGAUGGAUGCCCUCAAGCAACAGAUGGAAGACAAGUUCAUGUUGACCAACCCUUCAAAGAUUUCUCAUGAGCCCAUCACUACCACCCUCCGGCGCAAGCAGGAGGACGUCUCAGCCACUGUCAUCCAGCGUGCCUACAGGAGACACCUGGUCAAGCGGCAGAUGAAGCAGGCUUCCUACUUGUACCGACAAAUAAAGCAGGAGGGUGCAGAUGUAGAGGGCACACCAGAAAGGGUGGGGCUCAUAGCAUGUAUGAUUAAGGAGAAUUAUGGUCCUGAGGAGGAAGUAGUUGAAGAGUCUUUGCACUCCUUCCCUCCCUCAUACGAGACCAUCACCAAGGCUCCCAGUGAACACUUCCUGAUAAUGUUACCUGACUCCAGGGUUCCUGCACCCUUUGAGACUUGCACAUCUGCUGAGACUUAUGAAGAGACCUUUCUUUAGGAAUUGCUUUUUUUUAUAUAUAUAAAACUGUUAUGCUGAAGAGUGUCAGGACAAACUUUUUUCAAGAUGAGCACUUUUGAUGCUUAUGACACAUGGAGAAAUUUCAUGGAAAUUUCAUUGAGAAAUUAUGCUUUUUUAUGAUAUUAUUUGCUACGUUUGAAUAUGCAAAGGCAUACAGAACCUAACUAGUGGACUCUCAAACAUGUUGUUUUUGCUGUUUCUAUGAUGCUUUAAACGUGCACAAGCCAUGUUAUUGUACCUCUGUUAUAGACAACCAGCAACUUCAGGGUGUAUGAAUAUGGCAGGAUGGAUAAAGCACAUAAUUUUAUCAGUAGACCAUCCUGAAUCGAAUUUACCUCGCAACAAGAUGGAACUCUAGUAUAGUAAUAUACUUGCAAUACAACAUAUUUCUCAACAAAUUAUCAGAUUUUAUACAGAGUAUAAUAAAAUAUAUUUCCAUAAGGCUAUAAAUUAUUACUAGAUUUGUGUAGGUUAGCCGUCUGGGACUAGAGGGAAAAAUAACUUUAGAAACUUGACAGUGGUUGUGAUUUGGGGAGUGAAGUGUCCAUGUUUAGGACAUUUAUACUCAGUAGCUCUUUUUAAUGAGCACAGCAACAAAGAAAUCUCUGAUAAAAGGUGGUGUGUGAACCUUUUGUAUAUGAAGAGUCAAAUAAACGAAUCAUUACAGUA